AUGGCGGCAGCCUCGAAUAUUUUGGUGGGCCAAAGAGAUUUCCAGAUAUUGUCUGUGAGAAGGCUUUCAUCUACUGCAUCAAGCAUUGAUACAAGCAGUGGAAGGUUUGUUAAUGGGCUGAGUUUUAUCAAGUUUAAAUGCUGUUCCUCGGAUACGUAUGGCAAUAAAUUUCGGAGUAGUGAUAAUGAUGUUUUUAGUAACAGUAACGGGGUGCAGAAGGCAAGGGCUUUUGGUCCGUGCUUGCCGCAAUUUCUCUGUGAUUUAGAGGCGGAUGUAAGGGUGGAGGACAGGGAAAACAGUGUGGAUUAUAGGGCCUUUAAUGGCUCUCGUGAUGGUGGCUCUACCAAUAGAGGAAGCUCGACUGGAUUUCCGGAUCAGCUCUUGCCCGAGAAAAUAAUGGUUGCGGUUGAUGUUGAUGAGGUUCUUGGCAAUUUUGUAUCAGCUCUCAAUCAAUUCAUUGCGGAUCAAUAUUCUCUGAAUCACUCAGUUUCUGAAUACCACGUCUAUGAGUUUUUUAAGAUAUGGAACUGUUCUCAGGAUGAAGCUGAUAUACGCGUGCAUGAAUUCUUUAAGACACCUUAUUUUAAGAAAGGGAUACAUCCAAUUCCAGGUUCCCAGAAAGCUCUUCAAAAGUUGUCCAAAUUUUGUGAUCUGUCAGUUGUUACGUCCCGACAGAAUGCAAUUAAGGAGCAUACAAUUGAAUGGAUUGAGAGACAUUAUCCGGGGUUGUUUAAGGAGAUCCAGUUUGGCAAUCACUUUGCCUUGGAUGGACAGUCCCGACCUAAAUCAGACAUUUGCAAGUCCUUGGGAGCAAAGGUUUUGAUUGACGACAAUCCAAGAUACGCAAUUGAGUGUGCUGAAGUCGGGAUUAAGGUUCUUCUUUUCGAUUAUGAGAAUUCGUAUCCUUGGUCCAAGAUGGAGUCUGUUAAUCGACAUCCUCUUGUCACCAAGAUAUGGAACUGUUCUCGGGAUGAAGAACUUCUGAAUGCACUUUUAGCUGUCUACAAUGUUUUGGUUUUCUUCCAAUUUUGGGAGGCUGACAUACGCGUGCAUGAAUUCUUUAAGACAUCUUAUUUUAAGAAAGGGAUACAUCCAAUUCCAGGUUCCCAGAAAGCUCUUCAACAGUUGUCCAAAUUUUGUGAUCUGUCAGUUGUUACGUCCCGACAGAAUGCAAUCAAGGAGCAUACAGUUGAAUGGAUUGAGAGAUAUUAUCCGGGGUUGUUUAAGGAGAUCCAGUUUGGCAAUCAUUUUGCCUUGGAUGGACAGUCCCGACCUAAAUCAGACAUUUGCAAGUCCUUGGGAGCAAAGGUUUUGAUUGACGACAAUCCAAGAUACGCAUUUGAGUGUGCUGAAGUAGGGAUUAAGGUUCUUCUUUUCGAUUAUGAGAAUUCGUAUCCUUGGUCGAAGAUGGAGUCUGUUAAUCAACAUCCUCUUGUCACCAAGGUUCACAAUUGGAAAGAGGUGGAGCAUAAGUUAGCAUUCUGGAUUACGUCAUGA